GUGUGUGAGAGAGGGAGAGAGUGAUGCGGGGCCGCUCGCUCGAUACAACAGCUCACACACACGUUCAGACACACACACUCACAGAGGGGACAGAGAAAAGCGUGUAAGCUACACACCGUGUGUGUGUGUGUCAGAGUGUGUGUGAGACAGUGUGUGACAGAGAAAGAAAGAGAGAGAGAGAGCGAGAGCGAACAUCUCUCUGAGCCAUAACGGUCCGGCCGCUCGUCUCCAGGCAACCGGGCCGUUGGAGCAGCCCUGCGCCGAGCAGAGUGGCACCAUGGCCGGGUAGAGGAGUACCGCCGGACGCCGCGUGUUUAUUUUUCCUCAGUCGGAUUUCAGAGCUUGUCCUUUGGCUCCAAGAUGGGAAAAGAGCAGGAGCUCCUGGAGGCGUCGCGGACUGGGAAUGUAGCCGUGGUGGAGAAGCUGCUAAGCGGCAAGAAGGGGCUGCUGGGCUCCGGCUCCAGCUCCGGCAUCCAGCUGCCCGGACUGCUCAGCAUGUGGAGAGGGCUGAAUGUCAACUGUGCCGACAGCUCAGGAUACACACCUCUACAUCACGCUGCGCUCAACGGGCACAGGGAUGUGGUGUUGAAGCUGUUGCAGUUUGAAGCCUCCACUAACAUGGCAGACAGUAAAGGGUGUUUCCCUUUACAUCUGGCUGCCUGGAGGGGAGAUGUGGACAUCGUCCGGAUCCUCAUUCACCAUGGCCCCUCCCACUGCAGGGUCAACGAACAGAAUCACGAAAAGGAGACGGCUCUGCACUGCGCGGCGCAGUACGGUCACUCGGAGGUGGUGUGUGUGCUGCUGCAGGAGCUGACCGACCCCAGCAUGAGGAACAGCCACGGGGAGACGCCUCUGGACCUGGCGGCUCUGUACGGGCGGCUGCAGGUGGUGCGCAUGCUGCUGAGCACGCACCCCAACCUCAUGAGCCUCAACACGCGCAAACACACACCGCUGCACCUGGCGGCCCGGAACGGCCAUCACUCCACCGUCCAAGCGCUGCUGGAGGCCGGCAUGGACGUCAACUCAAAGACGGAGAAAGGCAGUGCACUUCAUGAAGCCGCUCUCUAUGGUAAAAUGGAUGUAGUCCGGCUCCUGCUUGACUCAGGGAUUGAUGUUAACAUUAGAGAUUACCAGGGAAAAACUGCUUUAGAGAUACUGAGGGAACACCCAGCCCAGAAAUCACAGCAAAUCACAGCUCUAAUACAAGAGUAUAUGAUGGCAGAGUGUGACAGAGGCAGUCUCAUGGAUGAGCCGGUUCGUCAGUGUCCAGUCCCCACACCUCGCACCUCUAUACCCUCACCUGCUGCCUCUCCGUCCCUCAGACACAAAAACGACGCAGUGACGGGAGAACUGUCCAAAUUACUGAACGAAAUCAAGAUGUGCCGGGACAGAGAUUACUCCUUUGAGGAGCUGUGCCAGACCAUCUCCUCUCACUCGCAGUCUGUGGAGAGCUUCUGCAGCGGCCGCCUCUCCGACGAGGAGAGGAACAGCACCCUCACUCGCGGAAACAAGCGACCCUCUCCCCCGUUAGCCCCAGCCAUGGAGGAGGAGGAGAAGGUGUGUGGUCCGUCAGGCCUGUGGGAGGCGCUCACGCCCUGCAAUGGCUGCAGAAACCUGGGCUUCUCUCAGGAAUCUCAGCGCUGUGUGGAGAUCAUCCAGUCUCCCUCUCUGGACGUUUUCUUACCAGAAGACGAGGAUAAUCCAUAUGAAUCUGUGGCCACAGCAGUUAUACGCAAACCCUGCUCUCUGGACAUCCACCUUCUCAACUCCUGUCCUCGCAACGGCCAUUCUUCCAAUGUGCUGGUCAAUGAUGCGGAGCAGCGUAACCAUGGUGAUGACUACACAGGUCUGACUCCAGACUGCUCCCCUCCCUCCCCUGAUACCGCCCUGAAGAACAUCGAGAGAGUCAUCCGCCCCCAGCCCAAGCAGAGGACAUCUCUGUCCUCGUCUCAGGACGUGCAGCGACCCGUGCAGAACCACAGUGGAGAGCCCUCGGAGGUCAGCUCAUCUCUGGGCUAUGCCAGCUUCAGCACAAGCCCCCCUGCCAGCCCCCCGAUCAGCCCUGCCAACUAUUCUACUGGCUCAGCUGAAGACUGUGCUCUUACUGAUGAGGUGUCAGAGCAAAAGGAGUGUGCGCUGAGGGACGAGCGCAGGGACGAGCGCAGGGACAGCCACGUCCCCGAGCAGUUUGCCGGCCUGCUGCACGGCUCCUCUCCGGCCUGCGAGUCUCCAGACAACCCCUACCAGCUCUACGGCAGAGUCCGCAAACUCUGCGCCCCAGAACCUCCCCAGCGACACGGCAACCUACUCCGAGCUCCCGAACCCGUCGUUCUCCCUUUCCCCCGGCCCACCACAGCCGCCACUCCUGCCACCCAGCAAUCUCCACCCAAAGAGGAGCAGAAGGAGCCCAAACCCCAGGUGGUCUACCGCACAAUCUUCCACACGCGAGUCAACCAAAGCCCUCCACCCGUCCAUUCCGACGCAGAGCCGGCGAGGAACGGCGAGCUUUCCGGCAGCAUUACCCCGUCCAGCCCCGUGGCCGGCAGUGGCAGCAGCACUGCAGGCUACGAGGAGAGAGCCUGCACCUUGGGCAGGAUGCGCUCCGUCCCUCGCAACGUUCUGGACCUUCAGCUGUCCAAAAACUUCUCCAAAUCCGACUCCAACCUAGUAGCCGUGUCGCCCAUCGAGGAGGAGCAGUGGAGCUCCCGGAGUCAGAGUCAGAACAGCCCAGGGAAAGGAGGCAGCCCCACCAGACUGGAGCGAACGCCCUCCUUCACAGCGGAGUGGGAGGAGAUUGAUAAGAUUAUGAGUUCCAUUGGUGCUGGAAUCGGGACGGAGCUCGACGAGAACAAAGAAGACAAUUCAGGCCCCCGCUGCCCCGUCCAGUCCGUGGGACAGUGGCUGGACAACAUCGGCCUGGUCCAGUACGAGAACCACCUGCUUGCCAACGGCUUCGACAACGUGCAGUUCAUGGGCAGUAAUGUGGUGGAGGACCAGGACCUGCUAGAGAUCGGGAUUUUAAACUCCGCCCACAGACAACGCCUUCUACAGGCCAUCCGCCUGCUGCCCAGAGUGCGGCCUAUAGGUUAUGAUGGUAAUAACCCCACCUCAGUGGCUGAGUGGCUGGAGUCUCUGGAGCUUGGAGACUACACCAAGUCCUUCCUCAUUAACGGCUACACGUCCAUGGAGCUGGUGAAGAAGAUCUGGGAAAUUGAGCUCAUCAACGUCCUUAAGAUCAACUUGAUUGGACACAGAAAAAGAAUUCUUGCAUCACUCGGAGACCGGCUACACGAAGACCCUCCACAGAAACCUCCACGAGCUAUUUCUCUAAGGGAGCCCAGUGGGAAUCACACUCCUCCACAGCUUUCCCCGUCAUUAAGCCAGACGGCCUACCCCAACGCCGGCUCGCUCGACGUCCAGCACCUCAUCAUGCAGGCCGACGCCCGGCGCAGACGCAAUGACAACUACUUUGAGGACGUUCCGCGUUCCAAACUGGAGAGGCAGAUGGCCCAAGUCAGCAUGGUGAGUGAGCAACAAGGGGAAUGGUGUGAGCCAAUCACGUUGCGACCUCCCAACGAGGCGACAUCGUCCACUCCUGUACAGUACUGGCAGCACCACCCAGAGAAGCUCAUAUUCCAGUCAUGUGACUAUGAGGCCUAUUAUCUGGGCAGUAUGCUGGUGAAAGAGCUGAGAGGAACUGAAUCCACACAAGAUGCCUGUGCGAAAAUGAGGAAGUCUACAGAACAAAUGAAGAAAGUCCCUACUAUCGUCCUCUCGGUCUCUUACAAGGGAGUCAAGUUCAUUGAUGCCACAAAUAAGCAGAACAUUAUAGCCGAGCAUGAGAUCAGGAACAUCUCGUGUGCAGCACAGGAUCCUGAGGACCUCUCCACAUUCGCUUACAUCACCAAAGACUUGAAGUCCAGCCACCACUACUGCCAUGUGUUUACAGCCUUUGAUGUGAAUCUGGCCUAUGAGAUCAUCCUGACGCUGGGCCAGGCGUUCGAGGUGGCCUAUCAGCUUGCCCUGCAGGCCAGAAAGGGCGGCCACGGCUCCUCUACACUGCCCGAAAGCUUCGACAGCAAACCCUCCAAACCCAUCCCCAAACCCCGUGCCAACAUCCGCAAAUCUAUGGAGCAGCCUUCGAUGGACCAGAAGGGCCACGGCAACGUCCCUUGGAUAGUGGAGCCGGGACAGGAGGCCAAGAGAGGCGUCAACACCAAGGCAGUGCCGGACGCCCAUGUCUAUUACUGUGGAAAUCAAAGAAUGUAGCCAGCCCCUAACAUGGACCCUCUCAUACACACAUUGCAAAACGGACUACAAACGCGGAGCCUAAACGUGUCGCUGGACUACAAAUUGUGGCAGAGCCUCUGGUGAAUGAACUUUCUGCCUAAACUUUUGGCAGUGUGCAAAAGACUAUCAACGUGGACCUAUGGACACAUGCACACACUACAGUGAACUACAGAGUGACAGGGACCUGUCGCGUUUGAAUGUACACUUCGCUUAGACAUACUUCAGUGCAGUGGCUCUGCUGCAGGGGCCCGUGGACUAUGCUGUGUGAGGGAGAAAGUUGGAGGGAAAGGCAAGGUGCCAUGGGGAUAGGACGUAUGCCAUGGUCACUCUCAUAAAUGACUCUUUUUGCCCUGGUCUAUAGUCCAGAAUACUGGGGCUCGACGCAAACCGGGGCAAAAUGGACACCUUUUUACUUUUCAUUUGUCCUCUUCAGUUUCUCUUCAGUUUGUUUAUGGUUGAUACUAUGUUAUGAAUAUUAUGCACAAUGUGAAUGGAAUUUUUGCACUGGACAACCAUGGAAUUGACGCGUCUCGUGCCAAAUUCACUACAGAAAUUGUUGUUGACAUGAUUGACAAUGCCAUGCAGAUUACUAUUCAUAUUGGCAAACAUUUUACUGUUUAAUAGAAGUCUAUAUUACCAUUAUUUUAAUUCUGAAUUAACUAUUAUUAUUAUUAUUAUUAUUAAUGUGCAAUUCUUGUCUAAUGUUGUCUUAAUGUUACAUUAUUUUUAUAUGAUAUGUUGGGCUUGAGAACAAUAGCCAUUCUAAAAAAAAUGUCUAUUAUUAUUGUAGUAAAGCAGAGAAUGUGUGAAUGGCUCCACUCAACUUUGCGUUCAGGUGAAAAGGCCAUUGUUUCUCAUGGGGCUGUUACACAGAGACAGAUGUACUAUUUUAACUCAGUGUCACUGUAGAGAUUUUUGCCACAGUUCUCCUGUAAAUAAAUAUUUUGUUGACUCAUUGUUCAUACAUGUAAUGUAGUUUAACAUAAAAAAAGAAGAAAACUAUUAACAGAAAAAAAAAUAAAAAAUAAACGAGCGACAGAUAUAACAUCACACUGGUUAACAUGGUACCAAAUUUCGAACUGAUUUUACUGAGGAAAAAAGAGCUUGUAUGAGCCGAGAAGCAGAGUUGCUAACCUACAUGUACAUAGGCUUGGGCUUCCAGCACUCUACGUUUUCUAAGUUUGGUCUUUAUUUAUAUCCUGGCAAAGCACAUGGAAUAAAUUGGACUUGUACGACCAUU